CAAAGCGCAUCUGUACAUCUCCUCUCUUGUUGACUGAAUAUCAAGAAAGAGUUAAAAACAAAGAGAGAACUGAAGAAUGAUUUUCUCUGGAGUCAUCUUAUCUGCUCUGGUCAUGCUUCUGCUUUCUGAAAGUGCUCAGUGCAGAAGAGUCGACUGCAAGUCUGACUGUUGCUCAUUUGUGGAGGGCUUUCCUGUGAGGCUGAAGGAGCUCCGUUCUGCAUACAGAGAAAUACAGAGUUUUUAUGAGUCCAAUGACGACUUGGAGCCAUUAUUAACAGAGAGCAUGCAACAGAACAUCAAUAGUCCAUAUGGAUGUCACGUCAUGGACGAGAUCCUGCGCUUCUACUUGGAAACCAUUCUGCCAACAGCUGUACAGAAGAACCACUUCCAGUCCAAAACGCCCAUAGACUCCAUUGGAAGUAUAUUUCAAAAUCUCAAGCGGGAUGUGGUGAAAUGUAAGAAGUACUUAUCUUGCCAAAAACCCUUUGAGAUUGCCAGCAUAAAGACCUCAUAUGAAAAGAUGAAGGGAAAGGGCGUUUAUAAAGCAAUGGGAGAGCUUGAUAUCCUCUUUAAGUACAUUGAACAGUAUCUGGCAUCAAAGAGAGACCGGCACUAAUGGGAUGUUGCUGUGGAUUGGAUGGUGGCCAUGAUGAACUGUGUCAAGUCUGAAUUCUCUGAAAACAAAGAAAGGAUAAUGGACAGAUCAACCACACACUGUAGGAUAUGGCACAAAUGGACUUUAACUUAUCUCUUGCACCUCACCAUUCCAUCACACUACUUUCUGAUGCACUGCAAUGCCAGCCUCUUUACCUUCAGUUUCUGAAGUUCUGUCAAAUGUCACAAUGGCAAAAUAGAUGUUGUUUAAGUCACAUUGACCAGGGUUAUUUUGAAUGUAAUUAAAAUGAAAUUAGUUGAAUUUUGCCAACUUGCUCAAUUAACUUGAAAGUAUUGUGUAUAUUUAUGUCUUUUUGUGAAGUUUAUUUAUUAUUAUUUUUUUAUAAUUUAUGAGCUUAAAAGUUAAUUUAACUAAAUUGUUCAUAUUUCUGAUGCUUAUAUUUAAUUUGUUCAAACUUAUAUUGUCUGUUUUAUAUCAAUAAAUUAUUGCAACUGAAUAAUG